UUCAGAUUUGAAGAAUGAUCCGAGAGUUUGUCGUGGACGCUCUUUCGUUCAUGUUUGUCGAAGGAGUCUUCAAACAACUUCUGAAAUCAGCUGAAAAUGAAAAUUCGACCUUCAAGAAAGAUCUGUGGCUGAAAGAGUUUUAUGUCUUGUCUAUCAUUACCUUUUUGUAUCUUUGUUUUGACCACACCCCUUAUUUUUUGUUUUUGAUGACCGCUGCUACUUAUUUGUUUACUCAAUACAGUCGAUCAUUGGAUGAAAUAUCGUGUGAUAACUGCUUGGCUUACGCAAAUGAAUGUUCCUGCAAGAUUCCAGGAAAUAUAUCGUUUCGCUCGCCUUUGGCUACAAUCCCUCCGAACAAUAGAGGCAGAUUGAGCUCUAUUCCAAAUCGAAUGAGAUUCGAAGCCGGCAACGUCGCUACACCGCCUAGAAGUUUAAACGCUGAUAAUUUGGUUGGUAAAAUGACACCUUUUGACGCUUUCAAAGGUAAUUUAAGGGCCAAUGGUAUGGCAACUUCGACGCCUAGACCAAGAUCAAGCCCAAACUUGAUGAACUCUCCGACUAAAAACCAGAUCGCUUGGCAGACAAAAAUAGUCCGGCUGGUAACUGUUAUUCACUAUUUUGUAGAAAAAUUGUUGAAGUUGAUCUCCAGGAACUGUUUGAGACUCCGAGAAUUUAUUGAAAAACAAUGGAAACCGCCGAUUGUUGAAGCACACGUUUCAAUGAAAACACAGACCUCAAUCAGUGCAAUAAAAUCAGCCUUGCUCCUCACCAUUUCAGCAAUUAAAGGCAGCGAAUACUUGGAAAAACCCCUGGAUAACAAUAACGUGGAUUUUUCUAGCGAGAAAAACUCAAAGAUGCGCAUCAUUUUGAAGUUUGUAUUUGCGAAAGUUUGUUAUGUGUUCAAAAUCAGCGAUAACGACGGAGUCUCAAACAUGCGCGAAGUCAUGAAAACGGUUUUCAGCAGUUCGAAUUUUUCCAAGGAAUCGAACCUUUCGUACCUAGUUGACAACUUUGGUGACAGUUUUGACGUCAACGAUGAGAUAGUUGACAUAAAGCUGAAAGUCUCGUUUGAAUCGCUUUUGAAACAGUUUUUGGGCAAAGUUGACGAAAGUACGAGAAAAAGGAGCGCAAACGAGGAAACGAAAUCGCUUGAGUUGAGGCUUCAAAUGAAAUCUGUUGCAAAGCAGUGUCAAGAAGACUUAGAAAAUUGUGAUGGAAUCUUUGGAGGCAAUUACUACUUCUUAUUGGGCAAACUGUCCAUGGCGCAUUGGAUUUUACAGCAAGCUAAACAGGGCGCAUCCUCACUAGUUUCGACCAGUUUUGAGGGUCAACUAGCCGAAACAAUGUUUUGCUCCUCUUGCGACAGCUUUGCGUAUAAUUUCAAAAAGUUCUCAAUUUUGGAUUUGGAUAUUUUGGUGGCACCUUCUAAUCAAGCUAGAAAAAUUACUACAAUAGAAGACUGUCUUCAGUUCUUGGUGAGCAAAAAACGAGUGAAGAAGUCUAGGAGCUUCCAAUGCGUGUGUUAUGAUGAAUUCAUUCAACAGCACUGUCCAGUUUCGUCUGGAGCACAACAUCAAGCAGCUUCUGACCAAUAUUUCUCGCUGGCGCCACGACAGGUCUCAUUCGCAGACGAAAACGAAGUGUAUUCGGGUAGUGGCGACGCUCUUACAGCAAAUAAAGCUAAAGAACCCUCACCGAAGAUUCUUUCGUCGUUCACACACUACUCAAGGAUGCAUUUCGCACAGUUGCCCCAGUACUUGAUACUUAAUCUAAACCGUUUCGCGCCCGAUGAGAAGACUGGAAAAAUAGUGAAGACAAUCAACCAGUUGAUGGUCAACAAAAGUGGCCUGGAUUUGUAUCCCAUGACAACCGCGAGGCAAAGCAAAGAGGAAUACCCGGGCAUAGACGUAGUUCCAGAAGAGUUCAAGUACUCACUUAGUUUCAUCAUAGCUCAUAGUGGGUAUACCUUUGAUGACGGCGAGUACAUUUCGUACAUGAAGGUGUCGAAUUCAAUGGACACCCAGAGCAGUCGAGAGCCACUUUGGCUGAAAAUAACAUCGACAGAUGUACAGAAAAUAAGUAUAGCUGCAGAGGUCAAUUCUAAGUUUGUGCGUGAAAAUGCUGUUGUUGUUGUGUAUGAGAAACUGAUUUAGCAAUGUUUGGUGUCUGUUAAUAGUUCUUCUAAAUUAAUUGCCAUGUGACGUAAUCCAAAAUAUUCUAUAGUUUGGGAAAGGAUUGUUUGGCUUAGUUAAAGACAUUUAAAGCUG